GUGUAAACAGCCGGCGUUUGCUUUGAUUCGCGUUGUUCGCCGUGUAGGUAAAUGAAUUCGCUGUGUCAGGGUUUUAUUUUUAUUCGUCCUAUAGAAAUAAAUGUCUUCGCAGUAGGGAAAAAAAAUUCCACACCGGUCAGUCAGAAAACGUUCAGUUCACUCGUAUGAACACAUUUUGAACAUUACACCAAGCCGCGUUCGAACGAUGGGUUUUUUGAAACAGUUUUUCAUAUCGUUUUCAACGAUUAUCGCCCUUGCUGUGGUGGUCGUUUCAGGAGCUGAACCACCAGCUUGGAAUCCAUACUAUUCUUUACAAGCUCAAAUUUCCAUACCAUAUGCCGAUGUGCAGGAGCCUUUUAAGGCGUGGUACGAUUCCGAAUCCGGCAACAGUAGAAUUGAUUAUUAUGAUGGAAUGGCAAAAACCUAUCAGCUAUCGGGUAAGGGAGAUUUCGGUGCAUCGAUUAAAGUUGUGCCGGUGACGACCGAAACAGAAACUAACACUGUAAAGUGUUUACAAGUAAACGGAACUAAAGAAAUGCACAUAACUCUACAACAAGCUCUUCCUGAUUUAAAAAAUUUCAAGCUGGCUAGUAUAGACGGUGAUAAAUUUGAAAAAUGGAUUUCUGUUGUAAGAGUCGGCGAUAAAGUCAGCAAGUACACCAUAUGGCUGUCCAGAGAGGACAAUUACAUAAUCCCGUUGAGGUACGAGAUGAAAGGAUUCAAUUCGUUAUUUGGUUCGCAUUACGAUCAUUACAUAAUAGAUUAUGAAAUUUUUAUACCUAGCAAGCCAGAACCGAGCAAUUUCAACGUAGAAGAUAUGCACUGUGAAUCUUUUCCUGGUCCGGGUAUAGACCACGUAUACACUUUCAACCCAAUGAUGGAGUUCAUAAACAAUUACGAUGACCAUGUCGACAACUCAUUUGAUCAUUUCAAAAAGCAUCACAGGAGGAACUACAAUAACUCGACAAAAGAGCACUUCACACGUAAAAAUUACUUCCGCCAAAACCUACGAUUUAUCCAUUCGAAAAAUCGAGCCAACAACGGGUACACUCUUGCUGUAAAUCAUUUAGCUGAUAAAUCUGAAUUGGAACUUAAAUCGUUGUACGGCUACAAAAAAACAAUGUUGGAAAAUAAUGGAGGAAAACCGUUCACGUACGAUUCCAAUAACAUUGAAGAAUUGCCAAGCGAAAUCGAUUGGAGAAUAAAAGGCGCAGUGAACCCGGUCAAAGAUCAAUCUGUUUGUGGUUCAUGUUGGAGUUUCGGGACAACUGGUGCAGUCGAAGGAGCAUACUUUUUGAAACACGGUCAUCGUGCCAGCUUUUCCGAACAGUCUUUGGUGGACUGCAGUUGGGGAUUCGGCAACAACGGCUGUGAUGGCGGAGAAGACUUCCGUGCGUACCAGUGGAUCGAGAAGCACGGUAUCCCCACAGAAGAAGCUUACGGACCGUAUUUGUCGCAGGACGGUCUUUGUCACGAGUCCAACAUGACGACUGACGGCCUGACAAAGAUAUCCGGUUUUGUUAACGUUACACAGUACGACGAAGAAGCGUUGAAGAGUGCUCUGGUCAAUCACGGUCCAAUCUCGAUAGCGAUUUACGCUUCGUUAAAAACGUUCAGCUUCUAUUCGAACGGCGUGUUCUACGAUCCAAAAUGCCUGAACAAACCCAAAGAACUCAACCACGCUGUGUUGCUCGUCGGCUACGGUGACUUGAACGGCAGUCCUUACUGGCUGGUCAAAAACUCUUGGUCUAACUUCUGGGGUAACGAUGGAUAUGUUCUGAUAUCGCGCAAGAACAACAAUUGCGGUGUUCUCACUUCACCGACAUACGUUCUUAUGUGAACACGAUUAGUUUUACGGCAAUUCUUUUUUUUUUUAAUUGCAUGAUUAUUAUACAAAUGGUUUUAUUUUACUUAUUACUUACAUACAAUGUAAUCUCAAAUUUAAAUUAAAAAUAAAGUGAUAUUUUUUUUAACCUUAA